AUGACGUCUCCUGUCACAAUGGUGGCUCUAGUGCUACGUACCUUGAGGAACUCGUCGAAAGCGCCUUGGGGAGGGGCAGCCCUUCUCGGGACUUCAGUUGGCAGGUCUGAGAGUUGGCCGAGGGCGCUCGUUGGGGAUGCUCCUGCAGGGCCUCUGCUGCAUGCGUCCCGUUCGUUGCGAAGGUGGCAUUCUGUAAGGCGCCUGACUAUGUUUUUCAAUCAUCAGGCCGGCGUCUUGGCGUUGUCGGAACGGUGCAGGAGGCUAGAGAGCUUGCGUGGCGCCGUUUUAAACAGGUUCAAUGUUUCCAGCAGGAACUUGGAACGUGUCGUUGGUAUCAGGGGUUUUGCCACGGGAAUGGGGCACACGAACGAUCGCACCGGAGCGACGGGACAACCGCCGGGUUGGGUGCAUCCGGAAAACGUUCCAGUUGGAGAAGCACUGAAAAAGUACGGGCGAGACCUUACUAGCGCGGCUGCGCUGAAUCGGCUUGAUCCCGUGAUUGGGCGCGAUGAGGAAAUUCGCCGAACAAUCCAAGUGCUAUCGCGCCGAACAAAGAACAACCCUGUCCUUAUAGGUGAGCCGGGAGUCGGCAAGACGGCUGUUGUCGAGGGUUUGGCGCAGCGUAUUGCGAGGGGUGACGUCCCCGAGUCCUUGAAGAAUAAGCGCGUAGUAGCUCUGGAUCUAGGCGCACUCGUUGCGGGGGCAAAGUUUCGGGGAGAGUUCGAAGAGCGGCUUCGCAGUGUGCUUCGAGACGUCGAGGAGCUCCAAGGAAGCGUCAUUCUUUUUAUUGAUGAGUUGCAUAUGCUCGUCGGUGCUGGUGCUGCCGAAGGUAGCCUGGAUGCGAGCAACUUGUUGAAGCCUGCGCUUGCCCGGGGCGAUCUUCACUGCGUUGGUGCGACAACCCUCGCUGAAUACCGCAAGUAUAUCGAAAAGGAUGCAGCACUAGCGAGAAGAUUUCAACCGAUUUUCGUCGCAGAACCCUCUGUCGAAGACACGAUCAACAUUUUGCGAGGCCUCCGCAAUCGCUAUGAAGUGCAUCACGGUGUCCGUAUUGCGGAUCGAGCUCUUGUUGCUGCGGCAGUGAACGCACAUCGCUACAUGACAGAGAGGAAACUACCUGACUCGGCAAUAGAUUUGGUUGAUGAAGCCGCAGCAAGGCUGAAAAUGCAGCAAGAGAGCAAACCUGAAGCUAUUGACGAUUUGGAUCGCCGCUUGAUCCGACUGCGUGUCGAGCUAGAAGCACUGCGCCUAGAGCGCGACCCUGUCUCGCGAAAGCGGCUGAGCGCAGUCGAGGGAGAAGUCAGGGAGCUUGAACACCAACGGUCACAACUGGCUCUCCAAUGGGAACGUGAGCGUGCUCAACUGCAGGCGAUGAAACAAGCAAAAGAGGAGUUGGAAAAGGCGUUACAUGAGAUGGAAAUGGCUGAGCGACGCGGCGAGUGGGAGAAAGUGGCGAUGCUGCGGUACAAAACGAUACCAGAGAUUGAAUCGCGCAUUCCCGCUGAGCAUCGAACGAUUCUGCUAUCGGAUUCCGCCCAAGGCACGACCGCGACUACGUUAAACGUCGCUCAGAAUGAGGCAGAAACGUCGGGCAAACUCGUAGCAGAGGCUGUGACUGAGAAAGAUAUUCUGCAAGUGAUCUCGAAAGCAACAGGAAUUCCGGUUCAGGCGCUAAUGUCGAGCGAGAAAGAGAGACUUCUGCAUCUCGAAGAUCACCUCUCGAAGAGGGUAGUCGGGCAGCCUGAGGCCGUCCGCACGGUCGCGUCUGCUAUUCGUCUUUCGCGAGCAGGGCUUCACGCUCACAAUCGACCAAUAGGAUCAUUUCUGUUUCUAGGGCCCACUGGCGUGGGGAAAACCGAACUUUGUAGAGGUCUGGCUGAGUUUCUUUUCGACAGCCCCGAUGCAAUGUGUCGCCUGGACAUGAGUGAGUACUCUGAACGGCAUUCAGUCGCUCGUCUCAUUGGUGCACCACCCGGUUACGUCGGCUACGAGGAGGGCGGACAACUCACCGAGUCGGUGAGGCGCAGGCCCUAUCAAUUGGUACUUUUCGACGAAUUUGAAAAGGCUCACCGGGCUGUAUGUACAGUGCUUUUGCAAGUUCUAGACGAUGGCCGUCUUACAGAUGGUCAAGGAAGAACGGUCGAUUUCCGAAACACGAUUAUUGUGAUGACGAGUAAUAUCGGCGCAGAUAUUUUAGCCUCUCUGCCAGAUGGUGUUCCGAGCAGCUUCGCACGUGACGAAGUCAUGGUUCAGGUCCGGCAAUUCUUUCCCCCGGAGUUCAUUAACCGACUUGAUGACAUCAUUUUGUUCAAUCGACUUGGACGUGAAAUCUUGAAAGAUGUGGUUCGUGUACAGCUUGACGCGCUGCAGAAACUACUCCGCGAGCGAGCAGAUCUCCGCCUAGACAUUUCCGACGAUGUAAUACAGUGGCUUGUUGAACAUGGAUACGAUCCUGUCUAUGGCGCACGGCCGCUAAGAAGGGUGAUCCAGAGGGCAAUUCUCGAGCCAUUGUCUCGCCACCUUUUGCAGGGAACAGUGCGGCACGGAGAAGAUGUUCGCGUGCGCAUUAGCAAACAAGCGGAAAGUUUGAGCGGGGCAACGCUUGAAAUCGAGCCAAACCAUGACGUUGGAGAGGCGAAAAAGGAAGAGCAUGAUCUUUAA